AUGGCGCCCAAAAAACAGCUCAAGCUCAACUUCUUCGACAUGACGUGCAACAGCGCACACAUGGGUAUAGGGAUGUGGAAGAACCCAGGGGACUCCCAAAACCAGAAAGCCAGCAUCGAUUAUUACCUCUGGCUCGCCAAGCUGGCGGAGAAGGGCAAAAUCUCAGGCAUCUUCUUCGCUGAUGUAUAUGGCGUCGACGACGCGUUCCCUGGGCAAAUGGCAGAGCAGUUCAGAGCAGGCGCCAAUUGCGCGCAGCUGGAUCCCAUCGUCUUCGUCUCGGCCAUGGCUUCGGUCACAAAGUCGGUCAGCUUCGGUAUUACUGGGAGCACUUCAUACAUCAACCCGUUCGUCCUUGCGAGAACGUACUCUAGCCUCGACCAUGCGACCAAGGGACGAGUGGCGUGGAACGUGGUGACGAGUUAUUCUGCCAGUUCGGCGAAAGCCAAUGGUCUGGACGCGAUCACGCCCCAUGACAAGCGGUAUGAGAAGGCUCACGAGUACAUGGACCUGUGCUACAGUUUGUGGGAAGGAUCGUGGGAAGACGGCGCCGAGCAAUUCAAUCGCGAAACCGGAGUUGCGUACGAUCCGACUAAAGUCCACAAGAUCCACUUCACAGGGAACCACCACAAGACAUCAGCAUAUGGAGCCGCUCACCCGUCACCGCAGCGGACGCCCAUCAUCUUCCAGGCUGGCCAAUCCAAAGCCGGAAAGGCUUUUGCCGCACUGAACGCAGAAGCUAUCUUCGUUGGCGGGAGCAAGCCCUCCGACACAGCUCCUUAUGUGAAGGAGAUCCGCGCCGCCGCAGCCGCCAAUGGACGUGACCCCAACCAUAUCAAGGUGUUCCCCCAGAUGGCACCCAUAAUUGGCCGCACGCUCGAGGAGGCGCAAGCCAAGUAUGAGAAGUACAAGUCGAUGGCAGACUGGAAGGGCGGCCUGGCGAAGAUCAGUCAAUACCUCAACUUUGAUCUGAGCGCAUUGCCUCCGGAUGAGCCCUUCGAUGUCAUGAUGAUCGGCAAGUCUGACAACUCGAUUCAUGCUAUGAUAAACGCUGUGCAACGGCGCAAAGAUGAGGUCGUUACACCAAAGAUGAUGGGGCAACAAAUGGGGUUCUGUGGAUUCGGCCCGAUGCCAGUGGGUACGCCUGAAAUGGUUGCCGAUGUGAUGGAGGACUGGGUCAACAACGCAGAUAUUGAUGGCUUUAACCUCGCGUAUGUCUCGAAUCCUGAGUCUUACGAGGACCUUGUUGAGCUCCUCGUGCCAGUCCUGCAAGAGCGUGGGCUGAUGUGGAAGGACUAUCUGGUGCCAGGCGGCACGUAUCGUGAGAACCUGCUCGAUACACCGGGCCACCCAGGCGUGCCAGACGGGCACCCAGCUGCCAAGUUCAAGUACGAUGCCCUCAAAACUCAGUAUGGGGACGAGAAUGGCGAUAUCGUCAUUGACCGACGUACUACGCCUGUCGAGAAGGUGGAGGAGGCCGCGUCAACGCUUGCGGAGAAGAUGAACGGAUUGAAGGAGUCAGUGGCGGAGGUCAAGGUUGGUACAUGA